CAGCAACAGCCAACAGCAAAGGUAUUAUCUCUUGUACGAAUUUGCUUGCGGAAAGAAACAAAAGAGAAAGAGAGAGAGAAAAUGGAUAGAAAACUACAGCAACCAUUAGAGAAAGUGAAACGUUAAAACACAGAUAAGCAGCCGACAUCCAUUUCAGUCCAUGAAAAGGUGGAUGUUUCCAAUGCUUCUCUUCUUCACCCUCUCCAUCUUCCUCAUUUGACCACCAUUUCUCUCUUUUCUCUCUCUCUCUCUCUCACACACUUUCUUCACAAAAACCCAAUUCCUUAAAACCACCAUUUUCCUAACUGAAGAAGGACAACACAAAUAACAAAUCAGCAACAAUGGAUCCCUGCCCAUUUGUCCGUUUGAUAGUGGAAUCACUCUCCCUCAAACUCCCUCAGGCCACCAGACCCGCCGGCGCUGGAGUCCACCCUUCCACCACUCCCUGUUUCUGCAAGCUCCGGAUCAAGAAUUUCCCUUCCCAGACCGCUCUGCUCCCGCUCUCUUCCUCGCCUGGUGAUUCUCCGCCGGACUACUCCACUUCCUCAGCCGGUUUCCACCUCGAUUCCACCUCCCUCCGGCGAAUAUCCGGCAAACCCAUUACUCUCCGGGUCUCCGUCUAUACGGGUCGAAUGGGUCGGACCUGCGGGGUUAGCACCGGGAAACUUCUGGGUCGGGUCAAUGUCGGAGUUGACCUGGAAGGGACUGACUCUCGACCCGCUGUUUUCCAAAACGGGUGGUUGAAAUUGGCGAAAGAGCCCGACAAGAAGCGCUCAUCCGCUAGGCUCCAUUUGGUGGUCCGGGCUGAACCGGACCCCCGUUUCGUUUUUCAUUUCGGCGGUGAACCGGAAUGUAGCCCCGUGGUCUUUCAGAUUCAGGGCAAUAUACGACAGCCCGUUUUUAGCUGCAAGUUCAGUGCCGACCGCAAUUCCAGAUCCCGAUCUCUCCCAUCAGAUUUCAACAACAUCCACAGCAGAGGAUGGAUGAUGAGAACAUUUUCCGGCGACAGAGAACGUCCGGGAAGAGAAAGAAAAGGAUGGAUGGUAACAAUUCAUGAUCUAUCCGGUUCACCUGUGGCAGCGGCCUCAAUGAUCACUCCUUUUGUCCCUUCACCGGGUUCCGACCGGGUUUCCCGAUCGAACCCCGGGGCGUGGCUCAUCCUCCGGCCUAAUGGAUUCUCCAUGAGCAGCUGGAAACCCUGGGGAAGACUUGAGGCAUGGCGAGAGAGAGGUCCAAUCGAUGGCUUGGGAUACAAGUUCGAGCUUGUUAGUGAGAAUGGUCCAACCAGCACUGGUAGUGGUAACAUUCCCAUUGCAGAAGCUACAUUGAGUGUGAAAAAGGGAGGGCAGUUUUGCAUUGACAGUGGGUUGAUAAGAGAAUCCGGAACGAAUUCGAGGUCUCCGGUGAAAGGAUUCGUGAUGGGUUCGAGUGUAGAAGGAGAAGGAAAAGUAAGCAAACCUGUUGUGCAAGUUGGUAUGCAACAUGUUUCUUGCAUGGCUGAUGCAGCUCUUUUCAUAGCACUUUCUGCUGCCAUCGACCUGAGCAUGGAUGCUUGCAGACUCUUCGCACAUAAACUAAGGAAAGAGCUUUGCCAUGAUGAACAAGAUUCUUUCUCUUAGUUUAUUUUCCCGGAAAAAAUACAUAUAUAUAACCCCUUUUGCUGUGAUAACCAAACACUUCUUUUUGAAUUGUUGGGUUUGAGCACAGAAAAAGUUAUAUUAUAUUGAUCUCUGAUUUUUAGGUCUUUUUUUUUUUUUUUUUUUUUUUUUUUUUUUUUUGUGUGUCCAUUCUAAUUCAUUCUUUCAAUAGCUGAUUUCAUUUUCUCACAAGGUUUAGAAAUUUUCUCUCUGGUUGUGCGUGUGUGGCCUGUUUGGCUGUUUAUGUAAAUGUGGUUUGUGAGAGGGUUCUUUGAAUUUGGUCUUCGAGAGUGACAAUAUCUUUUUUGUUUUUUGAUUCUGUGAAAGUAGUUUUAGGAUUUUGUCAACGUUAUGAAUAUAUACACAUUGGGGGAUUUCUUAUGUUUACAGCAUAUUAUAUAUAUAUAUAUAUGUAUGUAAAUCUUACAAAUGGAAACUGUACAGCUGGGAAAGUGCAAUUUGUUAUAAUUUUCAAAUUGAAACUUACUUUAUUCAUUAUGUUUA